AUGGCGCUUCCGCCGCCGCGCCCGCCUGCUAAAGUUGGCAGGAAGGGCAAGCAUGUGCAGCGCACUUUGCCUGAAGCUUACCUUGCGAUACCCUGUGAGCGUGAGACGCACAGAAGGAAUGCAGUGCCAGUCCAGGCAUCGUUUGUCAGAAUUCAGAGGGAUGGGCCUCGAUUGCUGCUGGAUGCAAGCGACCUUCCAUCCCCGGGCUUCGUGCAAUCCUUCUGUGCCAGCCAGAAGCUUUCAGAGGCAUUGGCGGCCGAACGGCUUUCUAGCGCCAACGGCCAGGCUGCCUACCUGAAGAAAAAGUCAUGGCCGGCAUGUUUGGUUUGUCAGUUUCUUUGCAAUGUGGUAUUGGUAAUGGCCAGGCAGCAACAGCUGGCGUACGUAGAAGAGGCUCAUCGUCGGGAGCAGCCUCCCUUAGAUGCGAUAGCAGCACCCGAGAUCCUUCGCGGCGAGUUGAGACGAGAUGCCGUCUUUCAUCACGGGGCAGCGGGAGUUCCGGCACCGAUCACCGGAGCCGCCGCGCUGGACAUCGGGGAUCUGCGCGGCGGCUGCAUUCCCAUGGUGAACGUAGGCAACGAAGCAGGAGCCUUUAGGGAGAAGCGCUUGGAAAGGCAGAAGAACUUCCUUGCGGGUCGAAAGGCUCGACACGACGCAGCGCUUGCAGAGUUCGAUCAAGCCAUGGACGUACUGGCCGAAGAUUGUCAGCGAGAAGUGGAGGCAGCCACCGACCGUAUCAAGAGAGAUCUUGAAGUCAGCUCGGUGGAAUGCAAUGCCAUCUUGGAGCCGCUAGAGCCACCUCCGCUCCCACCAAAAGCGGAGGGUGAGGAAGACGACGAAGAGGAUGAAGCCAAGCUGUUGGACGAACUCGAGGAUCUGCCAAUGGAUGGCACGAUCGAUCCAGCAAAAGCCAAGGCUGUUGCGGCCGAAAACGCGGCGCGCAAAGCCAUGCGCGUGCUGGGCGAGCGAACAGAGGCCGAGGUGCGGGGCAUCCUCUCGGCCUUGGAGGCCGCCACUCUGCAACGUCGGCAGCGCAUCGAGGCCUUCGCAGGGCCCAGCGGCGAGCUGGCUCGCAUCGACAGUCUGCGGAAGUCCAGUGUGGAGGAGCUCUUAAAAACACUUGUUGAGGCUCUGACAGCGGCCGCUCAUGUUGUCCAUGGUGAAGCUGAACGGUUGGUGGAAGAGCGUGUCCUCUCCUUCAACGAGAUCUUACUGGAGAACCGGAAAGCGAUGCAACAGCUGGGUGCCAAGCUCACGGUUCAAACCCUGGAGCACAGUAAAGAGUACAAGGUGCGGUGGCACAAAGGGCUGUUGCUUUGGAAACAACAGCGGCACCGGCACAGUAUGGCCGUUGUCAUGCGCCGCAUCAAGAGCACAGAGUUCCGGCAGCCGGAAUCUUUGGUUGAGGCUGUUGGCAAAGUCCGUGAACAUCAAGCCUACGUCUUCAGACAGCGCAAAGAUCUCAUCGACGAGCUCUUUGCCAUCCCACAGCAUCGGCUGGUGGUCGCUCAAGUGCGUCACACGGAGGAGCAAAACACGCAGCUCAAUGAUCGAGCCCAGGAGACCUUCGACACACUGUUGGUUGAGCUAAGGGAACUGCGAGAGGCAUUGAAUGUCUCGGCGGAACAGAUGCUCGGGGAGCUGGGCCUCGAGCUGGAAUUGCAUGACGCCAGACAGGAAUGGAGGGGCCACGACUCUGUGGCAAACCUCAUCGAUGCUGAGGUGAGGCCGCCUUUGCGCGAGUGCCUCGAUCAGGUGGCCGCGCUCUUGCAUGCAUUGUCCAACAAGCUGACACAGCAGGAGGAGGCGCUGCACCAGUCGGUGACUUCGGUGAUCACCUUCUUCCUGGGAUUGGCUCGGAAGCAGGAGCUUCUGAAGAAGCGGGUCGAAGAGUUUGAGGUCAACUACAAUGGCGAGGUUGAGGACUGCGAGAAGGACUUUGAAGAGACCUGCGAGAGGAACGAGAAGACGAUGCAGGACCUUCAUGGCGCCAUCGAUGAUGCUGCACAUCACGAAACACUGGACGAAUUAAAGCAGCAGACCUUCGACCACUUGGAUCAAAUGGCUCUGGGCUACCGGGACCAUGCCGACCAGAUGCUGCAAAUCCAUAAUCGAUACCCAGGUGAGGCGCAAGACUUGAUCCGCAGAGAAACUCGCGGUUACUGCAAGGACCUUGGCUUGGCCCUGGAUCCUGUGGAAGAAGCUCCAGCUCUUGCUGCUGAACGCAAAGCCGCCACAGCUUCUUUGGAGGAGGAGGCCAUUGCAAAGGCCAAGGCUGCGCAUCCAGCGAUGCCCGACGAAGAUGAGGCGGCAACGGCUGCUCGCCUGGAGGCGGUGGCAACUGCUGUGGAAGCGGCCAAGGCAGAAGUGCAGCAGGCCGCUGCAGCGAAGGAGGCCACGGCGCUGGAGGCGGAAGCGGAGUUCUUUGCUAGCCUGGAAGGGAAAGGCGACUGGCCAAUGGGAGAAGGUACCGGCUGCAAGGUCCUGGAGAAUGUCGGUCUUCAGGAUCUGCGACAGCAGAUCUUGCAGCCACCGGAGUCGCCGGAGGCCGAGCCCACAGAGGCGGAGCCAGGAGCCGAAGAGACGGAGGCGACGGAGACGGAGCCCAGAUUUGCAGAUGGUACGGAAGCACUGGACACACUUGCAUUUGACAACGACUGGUUCGAAGACAACUUGACGUCACUGCGGAGUGCAAUAUUUGAGAACCUCACUGGUCAAAAGCGCUACCUGGACCGCGUCGACAUCCCAGCAGCUUGCGAAGAGGUGCGUCGUGAUCUAGACCAAAGGCUUCGCCGGCACACUAACCGCAAGGGAGAAGUGCAGGUGGAGUGGUACGUUCCACGCUACAGCACCGUGUCCAAGCACAAGGACAAAUUCGAGAGACACUUGGUGGCGGUGGCACAGAAAUGUCAAGAUCAAGAUGAUGCCGUGGAAGAGUCGCUUCGGGAGAUCGAGGAAGCAGAAGAGCAGUUCAAGCAGCGCGUCGCAAAAAUUCAGGAAGGUUUGGGUGACGCAGAGACCUUGCCGGUACUUACAUCCAUGGAGCGGCAGGCUGUGGACUGCAUGUCGGCUUUCAAGGAGCUCUGCCAGACGGCCGUCCGACGGCUCUUGGAGCUCAGCUCAAAGGCUCCCCAGGGGCUGCAGAAGGAGAAUCAGGCCUUUCUGAUGAUGUGCAAGAAGGGUGAGGAGCAGUACAGCGAGCCAGAGAUCGUUUAUUAUGGAGGGGAGAUCGAAGAGCUCAACCAGACCCUGGAUGAGCGCAAGCAAGUGCGGGCCCAGCGGGCGCAGGAACUUGAGAGCCAGAUCCAGGAGAAAUGCAAGGUGCCGAUGGAUACUUUCGCCGCAGCCUACGCCAAUGCUGUGGAGACACUCUGUGCAAGCAAAGGCUUCGGGCGAAAGUACGGCGAGCCGCGGCGCAAAGCCCAGGAGCGUGUGCGCACCCUGAUCGCCCGGGCAUCCACCGUGCGUUCCAACAUCCAGCUGCUUCUCGACUACGUUUCGCAGCUGUUGCUGUUGCCGCCACCAGAGGAAGGAGGUUACGAAGUGGCAGCCAUGCCCAAGGUUCCUCGUAUCAUGAGCGUGAGACACUUCUUCUCACGUGGUGGCGAGCCUUGGACAUUCACUGGCGAGUUGUUGGGCAUUCUGUACGUAGCCGUCUGUGCCAUGGCAGAGCUCGGCAGCCAUCUGGGCGCCUUUCGGGAGAGCAAUGCUUCGAAGUACGAGCUGGCCGCUGUCCCAAGCCUUAGCAUUUUGAGGGAGGACACCUGCUUCCUACCGUCGGCCGACGAGCAGAAGGAGGUCCGGCGCAAAGCGGAGGAAGCGAAAGACUUGAAGGAGGCAUCACCGGAGGAGAGAGAGGAAGCAGAAAAAGUUCUGCAAAUAUCUCGAUCCUUGGAGGCCUCACAAGCUCUUCGAGAUGACUCGCUCCUUCGGGUGCUCGGGCCCCUCAUGAAAAGCGAGAGAUUCAACAACGAAAUUCAGUCCGUCAUCAAAGCUUCCAACGAUGCCUAUGCUGGCUUGCAUGUUCCCCAACUUUGCCCCGGCUCAGAGAAUGCGCAGCCAGUUUUACUCAGUGGGCCGGAGAGAACGGAAGGAACAGGAGCCAUGGCUGGCAGGCAAUUCGCGGGCUUGAGACAUGGGGAUCGCAGAAGCCUGUUUGCUGUCUUCCUCUUGAGCUUCUACGUGUACCAGGUCUGUUUCGUCUCCACGCCGUUGUCUCCUGAGAUGCGGCAGUCUUCAGUGCCUCUCCGCGCUGCAAAAAAAGGAGCAACACCAGUCGUCGACGACUCUGACCUGUCAGACUCCGCUGAUGACAAGGCAGAGUCUGAGAGCUCUGACGAGGGCUCUGAGAGCCGGAAAAAGGCUUCCUUCGACGACAUCCUCACAGAGGCAGACAACUUCGCAACCUCGAUCGAGCGCAAGAGCAAGCGAUCGACUGCAGUGGCCCGUGUGUCUUUGGAAGACGAGCUCCGUGGCUUGUCGCUUGAGGAUGACACGGAUUUGGACAUGAUGAUGAUGAGCCGAGCCCGCGGCGGAAAGGCCAAGACAACUACUUUGAGCUAUCGCAUCAACCGUUGGUUCGAGGAAACCAAGGAGAUGAUCACGAACCCGACCAGGAUCCAGAUCACUUAUGCCAUGGUCUUCUUCUCUUGUUUCGCCAGCCUCAUCAUCAUGGGAGUGAUCACAUUCGCAUUGGGAGGAGUUCGGUUGCAGGGCGAUGGUGUUGAAACCGCCAUGCGCGCAAAGAUGAUGAAUGGCGACGCCUUUAUGCAGCGCUUCAACAUGAUCCGAGAGAACAAAAGGCGCUUCGCUGAGAUGGACGACAUCAGGAAGUACACCAGCGAUCUUUACACCCUCAACCCCGACAGCAAGAUCAACUUUGCACCCAAGCAGUUAUCAGAAAUCACUCCAGAAGAUGUGAUUGGUGAGUUCUAG